AUGCGGUAUGAUGACUCUGACCAGGAGCCUGUAGAUAUCAUUGGGGACAGUGAUGAUGACACAUGUGCCAAUCCACAUGCACAACACGGACCUUCAAGUUCUGGCACACAGCAGUACCCUCCACACUUCUCCACUCUAAACUUGGAGGCUCUGGGUCAACAGAAUAAAGAUGAAGCUGUUCUGAGUGUGAAGGACUAUAGCAUCUGUCGAGGUGUUGAGUACCGAGUCUUGGAAUCAGAUCAUCUGAAGUAUCAUGGAAAAUGCAAGGAGUUCGGCAAGGGGUGUAGUUGGUUGAUUCGCAAAUUGCUUCGUGCACGAAAGGAAACUUGGGAGGUUAGGAGGUAUAACGGUCCGCACACUUGCUUGGCCACCUCUAUUUCCACUGAUCACCGUCAGCUUGAUUACCACGUUAUCUGUGCGAGGAUUUUUUCGUUGGUUGGGGCGGAUGCUGCGGUUACGAUAAAGGUCUUGCAACAAGCAACAGAAGCUGAUUAUGGGUUUCGGCCUAGUUACAGGAAGAUUUGGAUGGCAAAACAGAAGGCAGUAGCACAAAUAUAUGGAGACUGGGAAGAGUCGUAUGCCGUGUUGUCACGUUGGAUGCUAGGGGUACAGUUGACCAUGGCCGGAACAGUUACUGUGUUAAAGACCUCUCCUGUUCGAGUUGGGGAUCAGGUCGAUGAGUCUACAGUGUACUUUCAUCGUCUUUUCUGGACAUUUUUACCCUGCAUCGAGCCCUUCCGGCAUUGCAAGCCCCUGGUGAGUAUUGACCGUACCCACUUGUGUGGCAAGUAUGGAGGCACGUUACUGUUGGUGAUUGCGCAGGAUGGGAACUCGAACAUCCUCCCGAUAGCCUUCGCCCUUGUGGAGGGAGAAAAUGCGGAGUCAUGGUCAUUCUUCUUGUCCAUCCUACUAUCGCAUGUGACGCCACAGGAGGGUAUUAAUGUUAUCUCUGACAGGCAUAAUGGCAUCAAGGCUGCACUUGACUCCCCCGAGAAUGGUUGGCUGCCUCCACGUGCUUUUCGAGCGUACUGUAUUCGUCAUGUAGCAGCAAAUUUUAGCCUUAGCUUCAAAGGUAAAGAUGCAAGGAGGAUGCUGGUCAAUGCUGCCUAUGCAAAAACUGAAGCAGAGUUUUAUUACUGA